CCACGCCCGCCCGCCUGCCCUUGGAGCCGGCCAGCCGGCCGGCAGCCCCCUCGGCGCGGCGCUCUGGGCCCGGCUCCAAGGCCCAUCCCGGGCGAGGGGCGGGGAAGGCGAGCCGCCUGCCUCCGCGAGGGAGGGAGAGAAGUGCCACGACUCCACGCAGCCCGCGGCGCCUCUGCAACCACCGCCGCCGCCGCGUGCCCCCGGGCGCCCCCGCCGCAGGCCAGCAGGCACAGGCACGCACGCCCCGCGCGCAGGUUAAAACAGAAGAGGAAGAAUGGAUUUUUAUGACCCUCAGAUGCUGGGAGUGGUGGUCUUCGGAGGAUUCAUGCUGGUCUCGGCUAUUGGAAUAUUCCUGGUGUCCACCUUUUCCAUGAAAGAGACAUCUUACGAAGAGGCCUUGGCGAAACAGCGCAAGGAGCUGGAGAAAGCCAGCCAGCAGAAGGUGGAGAAGAAGAAGAAAGAAAAACCCAUUGAGAAAAAAGGAAAGGCCAAAAAGAAGGACGAGAAGCCGAAUGGAAGAUUACCUGAGCUGGAUCAAGAUGCAUCUGCUUCUGUUGGUUCGAAGGAUGUGAAUACUGAACUCACUCCCGAUGCUGAGCCGACAGUCUUUGAGUCUCCUGUUGUAGUGCUUUCAGCUCCUCCUGUGGAGAAAGAGAAGCCUGCCUUGUCCCCUGGAGACAAGAAAAAGAAAGAAAAGAAAGGAGCAAAAGUAGAGCAGGCUUCCAGCCUAGCAGUUUCUUCUCUGCCAGCUACUGUCUCUCAAGCUCCGGCUUCUAAAGUGAUUCCCAAGGAGGAACCGGUUGUGGCUGUUCCACCAGUUGGGGUUCAACAGACCUCCCCGUUAACAAAUUCAGAGUCCAUCAAAAAGCCGGAAGUGCCUCAAAACCAAGAGGAACUGAAACAAGAUGUAGCUUCAAAGAAGAAGUCUGUUGCCAAAAAGAAGAAAGAAUCAAUGACUGCCGAUAUUGACUGCGAGCUUUACCUUCCAUUCAAGACUUUGGUCUCCACAAUUAAAAACAUGGUGUUUGGUGAAGGUGAGGCCCAGCAACUGAUAGAGAUUCUGUCGGAGAAGGCUGGAGGUCCUCAGGACAUAUGGCACAUGGCAACUCAGAAGAGCGACCCUGUUGCCGUUCUCAAGCGGCAGCUAGAAGAAAAAGAGAAGCAGCUUGUAAUGGAGCAGGAAAACGCCACUGCUGCCAAAACGAAGUUGAGGGAACUUUCAAAGGACGUUGCUGCCGAGAAGGCAAAGAACCUACUUGUUGAGAACAAGAUGAAGGAACAGCUCUUGACCCAUGAGCAGGAGAUAACUGCUGUGCAGGCCCGCAUGCAGGCGAGUUACCAGGAUCAUGUGACCGAGACCCAGCAGUUACAAGGAAAGAUCCGGACACUUCAGGAACAACUGGAAAAUGGCCCAAAUACCCAGCUGGCUCGUUUGCAGCAAGAAAAUUCCAUCCUCAGAGAUGCUUUGAACCAAGCCACAAGCCAGACAGAGAGCAAGCAAAACGCUGAACUGGCCAAACUGCGCCAAGAAUGCAGCAAACUAAGUAAAGAGCUGACUGAAAAUGGGGAGCUGCUACAGCAGGCGGAGGAACAGAAAAAGGCUCUGGAGAUGAGAAUCACUUCCUACGAAGGCCAAAUCUUUCAGCUCCAGCUAUCCCAGAAAGAACAGGAGUCUCCCCUUCAAAAGAGGUUGGAGGAGAUCAGCGAGGAGCUCUGCAAGUCCCAGGUCAGCUGCAGAAGCUUGCAAGGAGAGCUGGACCAGAUGAAAGAGCAGCAGUCAAAUCUUUCAGAACUUCAGUCUCAAUUGCUUAGCUCCAAAACGGAGCUGGAGAAUAAACUGGAGGAGGUGAACUCUUUGGGGGCAAAAUUGUCAGAAGCCGCCACCAAGAACUUGCAGUCUACGGAGAAGAUUCAGGUGUUGGAAGCUCUUCUGGAGACAAGCAAAGCGAGAGAAGUGGAGAAAGACCAGGAGGUAGCAAGCCAAACAGAAAACAGCCUGCUGCAGUUGAGGCUCCAGGAAUCAAUGGCACAGAUUUCCACACUAGAGAAAGAAACUGCAGAACUGAACAAUACAGUCGAACAGUUGAAAAUAAAAAACAACGACCUUCGGGAGAAGAACUGGGAAGCCAUGGAAGCCGUGACUUCAAUGGAGAAAGCAUACCAAGAGAAACUGCUCUUGUCAACUGGAGCAAAGGAAGCUCUGGAACAGCAGCUUGGAGCGAUUCAGGCGCAAAUCCGACAGGUCCUCUCCUCUCUCUUCCCCCAGGUCGUGUCAGAUGGAGAACAGGCAUAUGAUGAAUGGCUGCCACAAUUUAAGGAAAAGGCUUUAGAAGCACUGCAGCAGCGGAGUACAGCAACAGAACCUGAUCUGGAGCUUUCAUUACGUGAAUCAGAUGAGGCCCGGCACACCCUGCAAGCAGAAUGUGAUCAGUAUAGGACCAUUCUUGCAGAGACGGAAAGGAUGCUCAAAGACUUACAAAAGAGUGUGGAGGAGGAAGAACAGGUGUGGAAAGCCAAGCUUACUGCAUCUGAAGAGGCACUUCAGAAGUCCCAGAAUCAAAUGAAGAGCCUUGAGGAGGAGGUGGAGAAGUUCAAGGUGGAACUCCAGAACACAAGCAAGUUAAAAGAGUACGUAUCCCUUUUGGAAGCACAGCUGGAAAAUCAUUUGGUGACGGCCAACUCAGAAAGUCAAAAUUAUACCAAAAAAGUGGACGAGUUAGAACAGCUCUUAUCUGAAUCGCAAGGACAGCUGGACGCAGCGAAAGCAGAAACACUCAAACUAAGCCAGGAGUUUGCACAGUUAAAACCCCAGCUGGACCAAACAGAAGCAAAUUUACACAGUGAACGUGUUCUGAAAGAGUCCUUGGUGACACAGCUUGAGGAAGCUCAGACUUCAUUGCGCAGUCUGCAGACGGAACUUGAGAAGCUGAGACUCGAAGGGAACGUGACUGCCUCUGCAACGGAGGAUGUUCUGCAACUGCAGGAAAGACUGGAGAAGGAGAAGAAGCUAUCGAAGGACUUGGGAUGUGCAGCUACCAAAUUAAAAGAGCUCUUGCAAGUCACGCAAGAGCAGCUGGCCAAGGAAAGGGAAACCGUAGCGAAAUUGCAGGAGCAGCUCCAAGGAAGGGGAGAAACGGAGGAAAGCGCAAAAGAGGGAACGUCUGUUUGAUGAAUCCGAAACCCGGGAUAUGCUAUUCACCAUACAAAAUGCCUUACACAUUCCUAGACUAUACACAAUUUGCUGUAGACAAAGAAAAAAAGACAUUAGUGACUCAAAUUGUAUUUUCAUAUCUUUAAAGGAAUAAAGGUACAUUCUGCUUCA